GGCGUAUGUUAAUCAGGAAAAGAGAACUGAUUGUUGUUCUCUGGACUGUUUGUCUGAGGUAAAAUCUAAUAUUCUGUGCAGGUAACGUCAACGUUGAAAACACAGAAGAAGAAUCAGAGAUUGCGUAUUGCAGUUCCAAAUUAAAAAAAAAUGGACAUUGAUGUUAGAUGGUUUUAUAAAAUGCGACUAAAAUAGAAAAUUCUGUGGCCCAGGUGUGUUAUGGUGGAACAGAUGAAGUCAAAAAGCUUUGUUGCACUCUUAGCUUGCAUUGUCUUAACAAGCAUUAUAGUGUGCCUGUUUGGAGAUUCAAAGCCCUCUAUUCACGAGUUUGUGUCUACAACACAGAAACAGCUUACAAAACAACUCAAAGGCAUUAAAGUGCUACCUUCCGAGGCUCCUGAAGUUGAUGUCAACCAAAAUUAUUUGAAACUUCUGGGCUUUACAAACAAUCCAAGGUUGUAUCCUUCAAGUACUUGGAGCAAUGUGACAUUACCGGUAAUAGUAACUGCUGUUUCGUCAGGUGAAACUGGUCUGGCUGUUGGGCUCAUCAGGUCAAGCCAGAAAUAUCUCCCAGAUCAUGUUGUAUUAUUAUAUGAUCUUGACUUGUCAGAAGAAGAGGCUGCUAUUCUUGUGAAAACCUGUAAUCUUACCAAAUGUUCUGUUCAAAAGUUUGAUUUUGAUUCUUUUCCGUCACAUCUUCAUAGUCUGAAACUUUCUGCUUUUCGACCAGUAAUAAUUCAGGAAGUCUUAAAUAAGGCAGGAGCUGUGCUUUGGUUGGAUAUUCAGUUCAGAUUUAAUAAAACUCUUCCAUCUAGUGUACUGAAAAAUGCAGAGCAAAAGGGCCUUGUGGCAUGGAAGCUUGAUCAUCCAACUUCAUCCCUCACACACCAAAAAAUGUUUGACUAUUUUCACAUUUCACAAGAAUACUACUACUUCCACCACAUGGUUGAUCCUAGUCAUAUAAUUCUCUACAAUACCGAAUCAAUUCAUCACAAGCUGAUGCUACCAUGGGUGCAAUGUGCCCUCACCUUAGACUGCAUCGCUCCUAUUGGUGCUCAGGGUUCGGGUUGUAGGUUUAACAAGAAACCUAUGUAUCGGUAUUCCGGUUGUCACCGCUAUGACAUGUCGGCUUUAAAUGUGGUGUUGGGUUUGAUGUACAACUUUAGUGCUCACAAUUAUGUGGCUAGCUAUAAAGACAAGUUUUUUGAUUUGGUCAAACAGGAAACCAUAUCUAAACCAUCAAAACCUUUAUUGACAAGAAAUACAACAGGCGAAACAUUAAGUUAUGGUAGAAAUAGAAAUGUCUAAUGAGAGAUACCAAUAUUCAUUCAGUGAAACUGAUUUUCUCAACAACAGGUAGCACUAAAGUUAGGAUCUGCACCUCCCCCAUUUUGACAUCUAUUUGAGAAAAAAUUUAAUUGCACCAUUUUCUGUAAUAGUGUUUAAAGAAAACUCAAAGCAUGCUAUACAAAAAUCAGGGAUUACCAGGAAGUUCCUUGCAAUUUAAUUUUUUGUUUUGUUUAUGUUGCAAAAUUGACAUAAUAUAAGUGUGCUUAUAUGCAAGAGCUUAGGAUUUGUAACAUAGAUUCUAGCUGUUUUUAGUAUUUGUUGAAAACAUUGUAUUGCUUGUUUGUAUGUAUGUAUGUACUUCAGUUACUAAGUACGAAAAUUCAGGCCUGGAAAACCAGUCAGAAUGAGAAAAUACCACAUAUCAGAGAUUGUUUAUUUCAUUUUUUUAUUUUAAUUUUUUACCUAAGUUAUUGUUCACAAAACACUACUGAAAAAAACCCCAAAAAACUGAACAUGUUGCAUGGAUUUUUGUAAAUCCAGAUUCUCUAAUGAAAAUUACUCAGUUGUUUAUGGUUUUUGUCUUGUCUACCUGUCUGUUAAUGGUAUCUGUUUGUACAUUUUUCAUAUCUCCAUUUGUUUUUCACCUGUGUCUCUUUACAGUUUUACUUCCCCCACUUGUCAUUUAUUUGUGUCUGUGUGUGCAAUUUUCCUUCCCCCACUUGUUUAACUGUCUCUGUAUACGUUUUUCUUCUUCCCACUUUUAACUGUUUUUGUACAUUUAUCAUCUUCCCAUUUGUCUUGUAAUGUUGUCUGUGUAAAUGUUUUGUCUAUCCACUUCUUUUUUUCUGUAUCUUUGCACACUUUUUGUCUGUACAUUUGCCUUUUUAACAAUGGCUGUAAAUUUCAUACCUCAUGGUAUCUAUGAACAUUUUUCGUCUCUUCAUUUGUCUUGUAAACCCACCUGUUCCAUCUAGUGAUGUUUACUAGCUAUUAACCCAAACCAUCAGAACAUCUGUGAAAUCCAAUCUGAUGUGGUGUACAUUAGUUUCCUAGUACUCAUAACGUUUCUUCUGCACAUACACUUCUUAUGAAUAGAGAGAUAAAAGGAUCUUCUAAGGAGCUGAUGAUAUCAGAAGUUUUCUGUUUUGUUUCUUAUGAAAACCAAACUAUGUAAGUCUCAAACAAAACAAAAUUAAUGUUACAUAUGUUUUGUGGCAUUGGUUUUUACUGUCCGUUUUCUCUGUGAUCCAGUGUAUUUGUAGGAAUAUAUAUGAGAUUUACAACAAAAAUGUCAUUCUUGCUUAAACUAUACUUGUUAGAGAAACAAAUUUAUAACUUUCUGACUGAAGAGUAACACUUAAUCAUCUAUAGAAACUUAAAAAAACAACGGAAAAUUUUUUUUUCAAUGUUGAAUAUUUUAUCAAAAUUAUGAAGAUUUCAAAAAUAUUCCUGAACUAUAAAUGAAAAUAUAUGAGAAAUAUUUAAAUUUAAGUAUUAGAAGUAUUCUUUAACAUGAAGCAAAAGAGAAUUAGGUGUAAUAAUUUCAAACUUUGGCUAGCCAUGUACAGUUUUGAAAUACAGUGUAUUGAUAACACCACCAGUGUGAAAACAGAUGAUUUAAUCUGAAAGAGGGACUCUGAAAAAAAGGUUAUUAAAUAUAUAAUUUUGUUGGAAAUUUACCAUAGGUUUUAUCAAAUUCAUUGUAAUAAUGUUAGGUAUAAAUGCAAGUAAGGAUAAAUGUAUAAUUUAACACUUACAAUAAUACUUACAUUUACUAUCAAUAAACACAUGCAUAAAUGCUUGCAGAUAAAUUGAUGAUUUUGAAAAUUUAAGAAACUCUUUUUUUUUUCUCAUUAUAAUUUUUGUUUUGGUGACAGUAUACUUAAUGAAUAAUAGAACCAAAAUUUUUUGCCACAUAAUUUUGGAUUAUCUUUGAAGUUUUAGCAUGACAAUAAAAAUAUCGAGGUUGUGUUUUUUUUUAUUUUUGUGAAAUGUGAACCAUCAAAUUAUAUAAAUUGGCUUUGAUAUAUACAACUUACAUAGUUAUUUUGAAUAUUCAUUAGUAUUUUUGUUGAUUUUCAUGUCAGUUUAAUCAAAAGGGAGAUCUUCCUAAGGGGCUGAAAAUUAAAUAUUAAUCUGUAGUAAUGAAUCGUAAUAUCUACAGUAUAAAAAUCCUAGCAUAUUUAAUGUGAAUUGUGCUUAGAGAUUAAGUAAUAUGUUAAUUCAUGAUUUUUCAUCUCUAGAAUAAGUUAGUUAAAUUUCUUUUAAAAAUCUUGUUAAUACAUUUGUUGAUUACUUACUUUUAGCCCUGUAACAUAUACCUUUUUUGUUGAAGUUGUAUCAUAUGUUUAAUGAGCAGACUAGUGAUGUUAAGUAUUAUUAAGACUGAAGAAUAAAGGCAUAAUUUAGAAACAGAAUAUAUUUAAUUGGAUCGGUAAUGUUUUUAAACAAAUAUAUUAACAACAGGAGACCAGGAUUGUUAGAGUUGUUAUAUUUCAAUGGAGGAAAAAUGUUUAUUAAGGAACAAUACAGAAUUUAAUGAUACAGUUUCAGGAUCUUUUCUUUUGCUUAAGUAAAAGAUUGGUAAGCUUCAGUAAUCUUCACGACUUGACAACUAACUUGGUUAAGGUCUUGUUGAAAACCUUUUGUUGGCUAACAGCCAGAUGUUGUGAUUGUUUUAUAUGCUUUAGUUGUUUUGAAACUAAUUUUGAAUUCAGCAUUGUUGUUGCUUUUAGUAAGGAGUUGUUAACAGUUGUUAUCAUUUAAAAAGUAUCAAAGAUGAAAAAGCCAAAUUUUUUUAAAUAAAAUGUCAGUAGAGUUAUUUAAAUUUUAUUUAUUCUUUUUUUUUCUUUUGAUGUGUUUCUUUUAAUACUUACGACUCACAGAACAUUUCUCCCUCCACAUCAGUUUUUAUAUUUCAACAUUUAUAUGUUUAAUAAAAGAGGUGGGUCUGGAUUUAUAAAACGGUGUUCAAUAAUUUGUUAUGGUGACACUUGUGAAUGUUCCCUGACUAAGAACACGAGUUCUGUUUUUGUUGGUGUCUAUUUUGUACACUUUUGAGUUCUUCUUUGCUAGUGUUGUCCCUCUUUUUAAGUUUUGUUACAAAUUCUUCACAAGUGAAAUUGGUAAUGUUAGACAUAAUGUUUACUAACUUCAAAUAGUUUGUUUGACUUGUAGCUUUUAAGCUGUAAGCAGUGAAACGUCUUGUGUAAAUAUUGCUCAUUGUGAGAAAAUAGGUAUUCAAAAUACAGCCAUAUUAUGAACUUGUCUUCUGUCGUAUUGCGCACUAUUUAACAAUAGAAACUCUUGCAUCUGUAGACUCAAAUACAAACUGUUAAUGCAAUUGGCUCAGAGAAAGACAAGGUGAUAUUUUCUGAAAGUACAUUAUUUAGUAUUUUUUUGUUUGACAUCAACAUUCCUUAUAAAAUAUAUAUACAAAAUGAAGUAUUUCAAAAAUGUUCACAGCUGUGAUUCUGUUAUAGAUACUAGUAGCUUAAAAAAUUAACAUUUUUUGACUAAUAUGAAAAAAAAUAAGUUGAUGAAACUGAAUAAAAUCGUUGUUUGUCUGUAUUAAUCCUAGAUGACCAUUUUUGUAUUUGUAUCGGUAAGAAUUUUUUAGGGUAGUAUUUUUUCAUAGAGAAAAUAAUGAUCCCUAUUUAAAAAUGAUGAUAACCUAGAUACUCAGCUGAUUGGUCUAACAGUAUUGUGGAUACUUAUACACUAGUGUUGGUUUUGGUUUGUCCUAUUAAAGUGAGUGGAAAGCAUAUGAAAAGUGUAAUAAGUAAGACACUGAAGCCAACAAACAGAGCAAAGUAUUACAGUGUUUAUUCAUAAAAUAGGAUGAGUGUGACCUACCCAGAAAUGAAUUGCAGGAGGAUAUGUGAUGAACCAGAUCUAUGAUUCUCCAACUGUUCAGAUAUUUCAUUGUGAAGUUGUAUGUGAAACUUUACAGGUUUUUCAGUGGGGGCAUCCAGAUGGGUACUUUACCAUUGGAAGUUUCAUUUGUAUCAUUAUUUACUCAUGUCUUAUCCUUAAUGGUAGUCCAAUUUUAGGAUCCAACCCUAAAUAGGUGGAUGUUGGAGUCCAGACCCAUCUUAAGACAGCUUUAGACUUUGAACAGUGAUGUAGGAGGCUCUAGUUGUUAAUUCAUACUGCACUGAAUAUUUGGUAGUUUUCUACAUUCUUCUUACGUAUAUAUAUAUAUAUUGGAUUUUAUUCAUAUUGAAAUAUGUCCUGGUUGAGACCGUCAUCCUUGUGAUCCUGCAAACCGUUUGUCUGCUUUAUAAUUUAUGCCAUAAUGUAGUGUUUUUCUAGUAAUUCUAAAGUGUAAAAUAACUAAGUGGUUAGGUGUAAUUUGUCAGAUUUGCACGAGACUGUUCAUCCUGGUGUGCAGAUGUUUUUUUAAAAUUGAAAGUCAGAUUUAAAUGCUCUCUUUUAAUAUCAAAAUAAAGCAUCCUUGCAAACGUUAUGAAGAUGGUGUAAUCCCAUGUGUUGGGUAUGUAAAGCUAAAGUAAGACUUUUUCAGGGAAAAGCUCCUCAUUGUGAUAGAACAAAUUACAAAGUAGCUUCUCCGUUAAAAUUGUCAUACCCGUGGCGGCUUUUUUGUGUUGUUUUGUAGAAUGAGGUUUUCAUAUGUACAUAGCUUUGAUGAAAGCCUGGUUUGUAUCGUAGCUAGCAAUGCGCUGUUUGAUUUUUCUAGUAAAAUACAGUGCUUAAAUAUGUAGCCAGUAAUUACUGUUGUAGAGAUAAAAUCAGUAUCAUUUUUCAGUUGGAAAGUAACGUGACAUUGGUUAUAGUGUGCCGAAAUUUCUCAUGUAUACUAGUCAAUUUCAUGUAAGUCAUGAACGAUUCAAGUGUGUGGACACACCAAUAAACACGAUUUGAACCUGAGCAAA